CCCCUGGGCCCAUCACAGCCUGGCAGUUCACCGGGUUCCUCUUCCUGCACCACAACAAGCGGCUCCCGAGCAAGGCCAGGCAAACAGCUGCUGAUAACACAACUUCCAGGUUGCUGUUGCCAAGGCCGGGCGCCGGGGCCGUUGAACGCCGGGCUCAGACGAGCGCCCCGUGUUUGUCUGUGAACCCUGGCAGCGACAGCUGCCCGAUGGGGCCUUGGUGCCAUGGUACAGCCUGGGCUAAUGACUCUGUUUAUCCUGUUUGGGUAAUCCUGAUAAGGCCACACAACCCCUCCCCGCCGAUUCAUUGAGAAAAACGGCCGUUGACCGCGCCUGGCCCGUCCAAUCCGCCCAGCAGCCACGGGGUUGGUCGGCUGGUUUAAUGAGGGCUGCUUAAUCAGGCCGGUCAAGGCUGCCGAGGGGUGUUCACUGUGUCCCGGCCUUAUAAGAGCUGGCUGGUUCAGCCAGGGGCCGGCAGGACAGGGACAAUCUAGCCCGGGACUCAUUCCGGAAGGGAUUUUGCGUCUCUCCUGGAGGAGCUGGCAGAGCCAUGAGCUCCGGCGUGGACGCAGGCUGCGAGCGGUGCCGGUGCCACGGCAGCGAGCGGCAGCCCGCCAUCCUGUACACGCUGCUGAGCCAGGAGCUGCGGCCGCGGCAGCAGUGCCCGUGCCGGCAGCGCCGCGCCGUGUGCCUGCGCACGCCGCAGCUCACCUGCCGCGCCGCCUCGCACGUGCUGCUCAAGACCAUCAGCUUCGUCAAGAACGUGGCCGCCUUCCGCCUGCUGCCGCGCGAGGACCAGCUGCUGCUGCUGGACGGCUGCUGGGUGCCGCUCUUCCUGCUGGGGCUGGUGCAGGAGAUGGUGACCUUCGAGGUGACGGAGGCGCCGGCGCCCAGCAUGCUCAAGAAGAUCCUGCUCAGCGGGCAGAGCAAGGGGCAGGAGCCCGAGGGGGCGCAGCCCACGCUGGCGGCCGUGCAGAGGCUGCAGGGCUGCCUCAACAGCUUCUGGAGGCUGGACCUGAGCCCCAGCGAGUUCACCUACCUGAGGGGAGCCAUCCUCUUCAAUCCAGACAUCCCGGGGCUGCGGGCCGCCCUGUACAUCGAGAGCCUGCAGCGGGAGGCGCAGCGGGCGCUGCGGGAGCUGCCGCACCCCGCGCACCGCCAGCGCGUCCCGCACACCCUGCGCCUCGCCGCCUCGCUGGGCUCCGUCCCCGCCGCCCUGGUCACGGCGCUCUUCUUCCGACCCAUCAUCGGCAACGCGGCCAUGGGCGAGCUGCUGGCCGAGAUGCUCUUCGAGGUGUCGGGCUGGCCGCGGGCGCCCUGGCUGCCGCUGGCCCGCUGAGCCGGGACAGGAACGCUCCGGACCUGCGGGAUCUCUGUGAGCCUCUGGUGCUCCCGACCUGCAGCAUCUCUGUGUGCCCAGGCUGUGGGAUCCCUGCAGCAUCUCCCUCGUGUGCCCAGGCCUCUGGAUCCCUGCCGAGGCAGCUGAGGCUCAGCAGGCUCACAGCAGCUCCUGCUCCCCCCGAGCUUCUCUCCAGCCCGGGCAGUGUCAGUGAGCAAAGGGUUUCCUGUCCUGCUCCCGGUUUUUGCUCAUCUUGCUGUGAGCUCCAAGCAGUGAGGGUUGUGCUCAGCUUGAUGCCACGCUGGGAUCCUCAGUGAGAUCAUUGACUGAGGGAUGAUUAUAAAAUUAGCUCUGGGUCUGGCUUCUGUGCUUGGACGCUUAGAAAUGCUCAGGACAUUUCUUCAGGGAAAAAGCUAGAGUGUUAAAUCCUACAGGAUGGACAGACUCACCCCUCUUUUCCUGAGAUUCUCUCUUUCCUCCGUAAUUCCAUGAAAUGCAACAGGAUUAAGAGCACUUGGCAGCGCCUAAACCUACUGCACCUCCUGUGGGGCUCUGGGCUUUCCUGUCUGUGUGAAAAGUUAAACCCGAGCAGAGCUGGUUUAAUGGGAGACCCAAACCUCCCUCCCUGGAGACAGAGCCAGGUGCGCACCUGGAAAACUCGCUCCUCCUGCCUCCAGCAUGUGAGGUGUCAGUAUUUUAUGUGUACAUUUGCAUGGUUUGUAUAUAAGAUGCAAUAAAUUAUUUUUUUAAUAAAAUGUUUGCUGUUUUGGA